UUGGAUAUGAAUUACAGACAAUCGAAAGAACUCAAUUUUUUUAAUAUUGAGCUUGGGUUUCCUUCAUCUUAUCUCUUACGGAUAUGAGUUACAGACAAUCAACUACUCAACAAGACGUAACCUUUCACUCCACUGUGUAUAUAUAAGUCUUUAAGUGAGAUCGGUCUCGAGAGAAGACUCAACAUGUUAAGAGUUUUAGGGAGAAGGGCAGCUUCAGCCUCAGCAGAGCUUACUCAAUGGCGGAUCCGACCCGGAACCGAUUCAAAGCCCGAUCCUUUACGAAUUCUCCGCGGACUACAAAAGGGUUUCUGCGUCAGCGUUCUCCCGGACGGUGUGGAUAGAAAUUCGGAAGCUUUUUCCAGUAACUCGGUCGCCAUGGAAGGGAUCUUAUCAGACCUUCGCUCCCACAUCAAAACGGUUUUGGCUGGAGGUGGAGAGGAGGCAGUGAAGAGGAACAGAAGUAGAAACAAGCUUUUACCUAGAGAAAGAAUCCAUCGGCUUCUUGAUCCUGGUUCUUCCUUCUUGGAGCUCUCACAGCUUGCAGGACAUGAACUAUACGAGGAGCCUUUACCUUCAGGCGGCAUAAUCACUGGAAUAGGACCAAUCCAUGGACAUCUUUGCAUGUUCAUGGCGAACGACCCUACUGUUAAAGGAGGGACUUAUUAUCCCAUAACCAUCAAGAAACAUCUCAGGGCACAAGAGAUUGCUGCUCGUUGUAGACUCCCUUGCAUAUACCUCGUUGACAGUGGUGGUGCUUACCUUCCUAAACAGUCAGAGGUUUUCCCUGACAAGGAGAAUUUCGGUAGGGUUUUCUACAACGAGUCUGUGAUGUCAUCAGAAGGGAUUCCGCAGAUCGCCAUUGUUUUGGGGUCUUGCACUGCCGGUGGUGCUUAUAUCCCUGCCAUGGCUGAUGAGAGUGUGUUGGUGAAAGGGAAUGGUACCAUUUUCUUGGCAGGGCCUCCUCUUGUGAAGGCUGCAACAGGAGAGGAAGUCUCAGCUGAGGACUUAGGAGGUGCUUCAGUUCACUGUAAUGUGUCUGGUGUUUCGGAUUAUUUUGCUCAAGAUGAGCUACAUGGACUCGCUAUUGGAAGAAACAUUGUCAAGAAUUUGCACAUGGCUGCAAAACAAGGAAAGAAAGGAGCAUUUGGAAGUGAAAAUCUUGAAUACAACGAACCACUUUAUGACAUAAACGAGCUUAGGUCCAUUGCUCCUGUAGACCACAAGCAGCAAUUUGAUGUCAGGUCUAUUAUUGCUCGGAUUGUUGAUGGGAGUGAGUUUGAUGAGUUCAAGAAACAAUACGGCACUACGCUUGUGACUGGUUUUGCAAGAAUAUAUGGUCAGACGGUAGGAAUCAUUGGGAACAAUGGCAUACUGUUCAAUGAAUCUGCAUUAAAAGGAGCACACUUCAUUGAACUAUGUUCUCAACGUAAAAUUCCUCUUGUUUUCCUUCAGAACAUCACAGGCUUUAUGGUUGGUUCAAGAUCUGAGGCCAAUGGGAUUGCAAAAUCUGGAGCUAAAAUGGUGAUGGCAGUAUCUUGUGCUAAGGUACCAAAGAUAACAAUUAUAACGGGUGCAAGCUUUGGUGCUGGAAACUAUGCCAUGUGUGGGCGUUCAUAUAGUCCAGAUUUUCUGUUCAUGUGGCCAAACGCCAAAAUUGGCGUCAUGGGAGGCGCUCAGGCUGCGGGUGUUUUAAGUCAGAUAGAAAGGGCUACCAAGAAGAGACAAGGAAUAAAGGUACUGAACAAACACAUACUUGAACUCUGUUUUCUUCUCAACAUGGAUGUAGAUGAAUAUGGGUGUUUGUGUGAUAUGCAGUGGUCAGAGGAAGAGGAAGAAGAGUUCAAGAAGAAAACUGUGGAUGCUUAUGAGAGAGAGGCAAGUCCUUACUUCUCCACAGCGAGGCUUUGGGAUGAUGGAGUGAUUGAUCCAUCUGAUACUAGAAAGGUGUUGGGACUUUCUCUCUCCGCUGCUUCUAAUCGUCCUUUAGAAGAUACUCGAUUUGGUGUCUUCAGAAUGUAAAAACAACUUCCGCUUUCAAAUAAUAAGCUUAAAUAAGUGAACAAAACACUUCCAUAUUCUACAGAAACUUAGCUUACCAGUGGGGACACAUGGUAUCGUAAACUUGGUAGUAGAUAACUACAGAAGCUAUUGUUCUACAAGAACGCAACAGCGCCCGUGGCCCAAUGGAUAAGGCGUCUGACUUCUAAUCAGACGAUUGUGGGUUCGAGUCCCACCGGGCGUGCACUCAUGAUGAUUUUUUUUCUUUUUUUUUUGUGGCAAAAAGAAUUCGUGGAGUAGUUAGCUGGGCUAUACAAUAUAGUACAAUUACCACAGCUACUUUUAACGAAAUACCCAAAAGUACAUGAUUGUUUCUUAAGAUUAGAGCAAUGAGAUUCAAAUCAUGGACAUAUAACAUUGUUGUAUUCACAUGAUCUUUAAACGGUAGAUGAGAUUUCAGUAGAGACAAAUAAUCUACAAAAAAUGACUUCCUUAUAAUCCUAUGGAAAUCGUCAUAAUCCUAUAAAUUUCAUAGGAUUGAGUAAAAC